AUGAAGAUUCUUGUGACAUUGUUUGGGAUUUUUCUUUCAAUAUUUUGUGUUCGUGAAGUAAAUGGUGGAACAGCCGUCAAAGAUGAGUAUUUCCCACAUUCAGCAAUCCGGACAGUAAAGACUACCAGUGGUGAUACUUAUGAUUGUAUAGACAAAUUAAGCCAGCCGGGUCUUCAGAAUCCGGCCUUAGUUGAGAAAAUUAAAUUGGGAAAGAAUGGAACCAUACAUCAAUCAGUCGGUGAUGUUCUUCCUAAUGGUUCGUCUAAGAACGAAUCAAAAGGCUUUGACUUGGAUAAAAUAUGGGCAGGACAACGCUGCCCUGCCGGAACAGUACCAAUUCCCCAGAAGACAGGGAAACUUCAGAAAUUUGUUUUCCCACCAAAGGCACUUCGCCAAAUGGCAUCAUCUGAUUACAAUGGUGGAACUCAAUUUGUCGGAAUUGUAGUAGAUGAAGGAGAACUAAUGGGAGGACACGCUGAGAUGACAGUAUGGAAUCCGAAUCCAGUUAGUCCUGGCCAAUAUAGUGCUGCAUCAAUAAUUAUUGAAAACGGAACAGAGGCGAUAGAAGCUGGAUGGAUUGUACAUCCAGAUCUUUAUCAGGACACUAAAACUCGAUUAUAUACUGCUUGGCGGAACGAAAAAGGAGGUUACUAUAAUACAGACUAUCCUGGAUUUGUAGUAGUCAAUGAAGAUAUUCCCUUGAAUUAUGCUUUUCCUCGAACUUCUGAUACAUUUGGAGAGAGUGAUCAAGUGAAAAUAACAAUUCAAAGAACUGUUUUCUACUACUGA